AUGACAAAAGAGGAGAAAAAGCUGCCGCUUGGGGCUGUUCGCGCCACAAAUGGAGAGGUCUUUGUCCCUGCAUCACGUCGUGCUGACGGCUCGACGCGCAAGCCGAUACGCAUUCGUCAGGGCUACGUUCCACCGGACGAGGUGCCCAAGUACAAGACUGUUGCACAGCGUCGACGUGAACAAGAGGCGGCACGAUCUACCAAGGUGAAAGGUGGCGGAGAUACUGCCGUCGAGGAGCUCCUGAUGGACAAAUUGUCACUAGAACAGGAGAUGGAAGCUCCAGCUGCGAAAGAGCGACCCCGUAGCACUGAAGAGAGCAAAAAGCAUCAGGACAAAGUGAAAAUCAAGAGAGCAGAGACUGCAGUCAAUGCAACUGCAGGAGAAGCUGCUGGAGAUUAUCAGCAGCAAUUGAAGCGGCAGCUGACGAAAAUUAACAAGCAGCUCAAGGAGAUUGCAAAAUUGGACGACGUGGAGAAAGCUUUGCUUUCAAAGCAGCAAAAGCAGACGAUUGAAAGAAAGACAAAGCUUCAGCAGCAGAGAAAUGAGAUCAUUGUAGAGCUAAACGGGGCAACUAUCACGAGAAGUAGUAAUCCUGUCUCAGGGCAACGCUUGAAAGUUGCAAUCAGUUUAUAG